UAUGCUGGCAGCAAUACAGUAUGUGACUGUGUGUACUGGCCUUUGCUUAUGUGUGUCAGAGAGACAUCACUGCUGGAUGGUCCAACCUCGCCAGGUGACUGGGAGUCAACAACAGGAGGAUGGUGACCUCGUCAGGAAGCUGCCAAAUCCCGUCCUGGCCUCCCACCAACACAGAAACCUUCACCAAGAACUGCUCCUCUGCCACAGACGAGGUCUCCUGCCGAGAGUAAAGCCAGAGCUGCAACGUGUGCUGGAGCACAAAGUAAGAGAGCAGCACAAGCAGAGGGAGGUGGCCCUCCAUUCUCCCUCCGACUUAGAGGCGAAGCUACGCACAUGGCGGGAGAGAAUACAAGUCUGUGAGCUAGAGGAGAAGAAAAGGAACGAGAGCCUGCAGGACAUACCAGAGUUUGUCCGUGUGAGAGGAACCUUGAAGCCCGUCCAAACUUCUUCAUCAUGACAGCCCGAGCUACAGGAGCACAGGUUCCUAUGCUAUUGUUAGCCUUCAGGAGGAUCAUCUUGAGUUGACAACUGACAGAUACUGAUAACAUGCUGCCAAAUCAAUGCCAGAAAAUGUAGAAUAUGCAGUACAAGAGAUUUGUGUUUCAGCUUGGAAAAGUCUGAAUAUAUCAGUCUUAUUUUGUGUCAUUUCCAAUACCACAAAGCAAACCUGAUGGAUCAUGGUAGCUCAGAUAGGAGUGGACUUCUUUUGUAAAGUACCAUAGUGUAAAAGGCUUCAAGUAUCAUAAUAUCUGACAUUUACAUUAUGAGCUGUGGAAAGACACAAACGUGCACAAAAAAACAGCUGUUCUUAUACUAGAAAUAUUCCUAAAUUUUCUUGCCAUAGAAAGUU